AUGCGCCUCGCCCCGCUCUUGCUGCUGGCCGCUGCGACCGCCGACGCCUGCACCGUCGUCGCCGUGACCAAGGGCGCGUCAGCUGACGGCGCCUCGCUGACAGCGCACACGGACGACGCUGGCUGGUCGACGGCGGAUGUGCGCCUCGUGCACGUGCCCGCCCAGGACCACGCGCCGGGCAGCAAGCGCCCAGUGUACGACUUCAACGGAGGCUACCCGCGCCUCGUGGCCAAGGAGCGUGGACCGCACUACGCGCCUGUUGAGGUACACGUCGCUGUCUUGCGUGGCCUCACGACAGUCUGCAUGCAGGGCCAAGCCCUAACAAUGCCACUGGGGUUUAUCCCGCAGGUGGCCCAUACCUAUGCGUACUUUGACCAAGACUAUGGCAUGAUGAACGAAGUGCGCCUGAGCAUCGCCGAGAGCACGUGCUCGGCGAAGACGGUGGGCUGGCCUUCGAGCAAGCCGUACGGCUACAACCUCUUUGGCAUCGCUGAACUGUCCAAGCUCGCGCUCGAGCGCUGCGACAGCGCGCGCUGUGCCGUCCGUACCAUGGGCGAGGCGGCUGUCCAAUAUGGGUUCUUUAGCGAAGACAGUGGCGAUCCCGCGGCGCCAGGGUAUGGCGACUCGGCCGAAACCCUCGUCAUCGCCGACAAGUACGGCGAGACGUGGGUCUUCCACGUCCUCACAGGGCCGCAGAACGCCAGCGCGGUUUGGGCGGCGCAGCGUGUGCCGGACGGUCACGUGACGGCGGUGGCGAAUUUUUUCACGAUCCGGACGCUCAACCUCUCGGAGAGCGACACGUUCUUGGCGUCACCGAACGUCGAGUCGUUUGCGCAAGAGAUGGGGUGGUGGCACCCAACGGAGGGUCCGCUCGACUUUACAAAGGCGUACGCAUUUGCUGUGCCCGGCCCGAUCUUGUCGCUGUACGCCGGUCGUCGCAUCUGGCGCAUCCUCGAUACGUUUGCGCCGUCGCUCGGUCUCGACUCGACGCUUGGCGCCCGCGUCGAGUACCCGACGUACCCUUUCUCGGUGAAGCCCGACGCGCCUGUGACGCUCAACGACGUCAUGGAGCUGCUCAAGGACCACUACGAAGGCACGCCGUACGACAUGACCAAGGGCGUAGCGGCCGGGCCCUUUGGGGCGCCUGUUCGCUACGACGGGCCGCAUGUGCUCAAGGGCGGCUGGGAGCGCGCGAUCUCCAUGUACCGCACCAUGUUUAGCUUUGUGCUCCACGUCCAAAGUCAGGACACGGUCAAGGACGAUGGCCUCGGCGGAACGCUCUGGUAUGGCCAGGGCUCGCCCCACGGUACCGUCUACGCGCCGUUCUCGUGCGGGCAAUCCAAGAUUCCCAAAGCGUACCUCCUUGGAAAGGAGAGCGUCUUUAGCACGGACAGCAUGUGGUGGGCCUUUGCAUUCGUGAACAACUGGAGCCUCUUGCGCUUCAGCGUCAUCAACGCUGACGUCCGGCUCGAGGCGCGCAAGUGGCAAAGCGAGGCUUUUGCACUUCGCAGCAACCUCUCGACCAGCGCUUCGUCCCUCUUUCAUGGCUGGUGGGCGUUCGCGUGGAGCCUCAUUGGCAAGUACAGCGAUGGCUACAUUGCGACCGGCGAGGGCGACAUGCAAGUCAACGGCUACCCGCUCUCGUGGUUGAACACGACCGAGUACGUGCUCUGGCCCGGCGACUCGUUCAAGAAUGCACCGCCCGACGCCGUGCUUUUGGCCACCAGUAAGCACCACCAAGAGAGCUCGGUCGUGACCAACGUCCUCUACGUGCUGCUCGGCGUGGGGCUCGGCGUCGCCAUCAUGUCGAUGCUGCCCAACCGCCGCCGCCACUACCACAAGCUGCCGUAA